CACCCCACAAGCUUAAAACCCUCCAAUGCAACGUCGUGCCAGAGAAAUAUGCCAGCCCUAGAUGUCAUUUUAAACAUUCCAGUAGCCUUAUUAAGACAAUAGAAACAGUUAAUUCAGAAUGGCUACUGUGAUCUUUGUGGAUAAGGAAAAUGGAGAACUGGGCACUCGUGCGACUCCCAAGGACCGGCCGAAGCUGGGCUCCCGGCCCUCAGUCAAAGCGUUAGAUGGGAGAUCUCAGGUUUCAGCACCACAUGCUGGCAAAAUGUUUGAUGCUCCUCCAGCCUUGCGUAAGGCUCCCAGAAAGGCUUUGGGAACUGUCAACAGAGCUACAGAAAAGUCAGUAAAGACUAAUGCACCUGUCAAAGAGAAACAGACCACCUUCUCUGCUAAAACGGUAACCGAGAAGACUGUUAAAGCAAAAGGAUCUGUUCCUGCCUCAGAUGACACCUAUCCAGAAAUAGAAAAAUUCUUUCCCUUCAAUCCUCUCGAUUUUGAGAGCUUCGACCUGCCUGAAGAACACCAGAUCGCACAGCUCCCCUUGAGUGGAGUGCCUCUCAUGAUCCUUGACGAGGAGAGGAAACUUGAAAAGCUGUUACACCUGGGUCCCCCUUCACCCCUGAAGGCGCCCUCUCUACCCUGGGAGUCCGAUCCGUUCCAGUCUCCCUCAAGCCUUCUGUCGACUCUGGAUGUUGAAUUGCCACCGGUUUGCUAUGACUUAGAGAUUUAAGUUUCUUAGUGCUUUAUAGUUUGCAUGUAUGAAUAGUUUGUAUUAAUAAAGACAUUCUUUAACAGACUCUUCUUAA